GUCUAUGGCCACAGGCUCCCCAGCCCUGCUGUAGGCAUUGCGUGGUGGAACUGAAGCUGCUGAGCUACGGUUGUUCUGCUGCGGAGCUGGGAGGAAGGGGAAGUCCAGUGGAGGCUGAGGGCUCUGGAAGCACGCAGAAAGCUCUCACAGGAAGUCUGAGGUGCAGCACAGCACACUCUGCUUCCCUCUGGGAGUCCAAAAUAGAAAAUAUAGAAGUGGUUGUGGGAUUUCCACACAGACAAGGCUGCAAUGAGAUAUACAGACAGAGCUGAGCUGCCUGCAGCAGCAGCAGUGACACGUGCCCUCUUCACUCACUCAAGCCCUUCAGAGAGGACCUGUUUGAGGACAGAGGGCUCUCUCUGAAGCAGGUCUGCUGGCCAUGGGCAACCUGAUAAAGGUAUUGGGCAAAGAUUUAGAAAACUGUCCUCAUUUUUUCCUGGAUUUUGAAAAUGCACAGCCCACAGAAGCCGAGACAGCUGUGUGGAACCAGGUGAACGCUGUCCUAGAGGAGGCACAGACCAUUCUGGCGGAACUGCAGUCCUACACUGGAGCUGGGCAAGAGAUCAGAGAGGCCAUCCAAAACCCCAGUGACUUGCAGCUCCAAGAAAAGGCAUGGAACGCCGUGUGUCCCCUUGUGGCAAAGCUGAAGCGUUUUUAUGAGUUUUCCCUUAGACUUGAGAAUGCCUUGCGGAGCUUGCUGGAAGCUCUCACCAGCCCACCUUACGCCCCGACUCAGCACCUGGAGAGGGAACAGGCUCUCGCCAAACAGUUUGCAGAAAUCUUACACUUCACCCUCAGUUUUGACGAGCUCAAGAUGACCAACCCUGCCAUCCAGAAUGAUUUUAGCUACUAUAGAAGAACCAUCAGUCGAAACCGGAUCAACAACCUGCAGUUAGACGCUGAGAGUGAGGUGAACAACGAAAUGGCCAACCGGAUGUCCCUCUUCUACGCAGAGGCCACCCCAAUGCUGAAGACUCUCAGCAAUGCCACGACCAAAUUUGUUUCAGAGAACAAAACUCUUCCCAUUGAGGACACAACUGACUGUUUGAGCACCAUGGCCUGUGUCUGCCGGGUGAUGCUGGAAACGCCGGAAUAUCGGAGCCGCUUCACCAACACCGAAACUCUCCUUUUCUGCAUGCGGGUGAUGGUGGGGGUCAUCAUUCUUUAUGACCAUGUCCAUCCUGUGGGGGCUUUCGCCAAGACCUCCAAAAUUGACAUGAAAGGAUGUAUCAAGGUCUUGAAAGACCAGCCUUCCAACAGCACAGAAGGCCUUCUGAAUGCACUGAGGUACACCACCCGGCACCUCAAUGAUGACACCACAUCCAAGCAGAUCCGGGCCUUGCUGCAAUGAGCACCCCCUGCAGUCGAGGGGUGGGUGGCAUUCACCAGAGACCCAAGAAGGGGAUUUCUCCAUGGAACCUUCAGCAGAAAUUUUAAUGUUGACAUAUUGCUAUAAAUAACCAUUGGCCAUCA